AUGGAUCAGACCAUCUCACCAGAAUCCGGCGCCUCUACGCUGGACGACGGGUUAAGCCCCGCAACGAAUUCUAACAGCUUUGACGAAAGCCUCAGUGGAAAGAUGUCUGGUUUUGAUUCUGACAAAGAAGUUCUAUUCAAUGCUUAUGAAGAUGAGAUAAGUUUCGACGGGGAGCCACUCGGAUUAAUCACCUCGACAGCACCGACCCAAAACAAGCGCAAGCUCGUACAGAAGAGGAGCUCUCGAAGUCAGAUUGCUCCAGCGAAAUGGGAAACUGUGAAAGGCACCAUCGCGGAGUUGUACCUCGAGAAAGAUUAUACCCUUGCUACAGUCAUGGAAAUCAUGUCCAAACCCCCAUAUGAUUUCCAUGCAACUCUCAAGAUGUACAAAAGUCAGUUCAAGAUAUGGGGGUUUGCAAAGAACUUGACGCGGAACAAGGUCAACAGAUUUAUGAACACCAAUACCGUCAAGGAAAAAUUCCUCAAAACCUUUAGCGCAGCCCGUAUCGAUCAGUACUUGAAGCGGAGAAAGACUUCCCAUGACACGACGGCUUAUGAGCUGGAAAUGAAUGAACUGGAAAUGAAUGAUCUGGAAACGGAUAAAGUCAUUGAACUUCCCGGUUUUGGAGUCCCUGCGGAGCUUGAAAACUCACAAGUGUUCUUUCUAUCCGAUUGCGGCCCCUCUCGUACUUGUAAGCUUCAUGGAAGGGGACGCAGAAAGUUUGCAAUCGAUAUUGAGGAUAUGUCCAAAGGUUAUCCUAUAUGGUAUUUUGCUGAUUCAUGGGGAAAACAAGCAUAUUACGGACUCGAAGAGCGAAAGUGUCCUAGUGAUUGUGCUUGCCGAUUCUUAUGUGGUCGUUCACAUUUUGAUAAUUUGGAGCAGCCCCAUCGAUUCGAUUCACCACACCAGCACACCCACCUGUUCAGAGCAGUUUGCAGGGAGCAAUCCAUCGCUGUUGACAUUUAUAAUUUAAAUAUGAUCAUCAAUUUGGGCAAAAUCAUCGGGGAGACGGAAAGUUUAUCCGACAAAUGGCCAAUACCUCUCCAAUAUGGAACCGGAAUCAAUGGAAUAACCUUGUUGAAACAUUACCGCAAACUGAAGGAUUUCCUCGACAAUCCCAACCGUGAUAUCUGGCUGCCAGUAAGUGAUAUACUAGACUUGAAGCUGCUCGUCGAAGGCUUGCUCGAAGAUGCUGAUGUGUGGGAUCGCAUUGGAAUUGAAACACUUCACGAUUUAGGCGUCUUGGAUCCGAGCCUGCUCAAUACAUUCCUUCAUCGACGCCUCAUACGAGGGAUUCGAAGCCUUGACAGCGUUUUCAAAACGGCCGAUGCUCCUUUCCACGCUUCCAAGGGAAUUGCGCCGCCCCAGGACAAUGAGAUCGAAUUCGAAGUGAUUCAUGAGUUGGAUUCAACCCCUGCGCUUGUCAGUCACUUCCAUGUGCCGACCUGGGAAUAUCAUCAGCGACAAAACAGGGGGGUUGUUGACUCAUCUUCGGCUGGCAUCAAUAGCCUGCCCGAGGAAUUGCUCUGCAGGCUUCCCGAGCACUUCAUGCUGGACAGCUUCCAUGACGAUCUCCCCCAGGAUUUCCCGCAACUUCUUCCAACUGUAUCCAGAGGGCCCAACUUUCCAAUCAUUUUCUCUGAGGAGCUGAACAACUUCCAUUCGUCUGAGAGCUUUGUUUCCACUGAACCCAGCCGCGAAAAGCAACAGCAAGCUGACCUUGACGUGAAGCUUGUCUCAGCGUGCAAGCAUGGCAUACUUGGUGCUGUCCAAUCGCUCCUAGAUCAAGGAGCGUCUCCAAACUGUCAGGUCCGAACGGACAACAAAACUUAUUCACCACUCAUCGCUGCGAUUGAAAGCAGCAACGAAACUGUUGUUCGUCACCUGGUAUUCAAAGGAGCAAACUUGAAUGAUAAGGCGGCAGUUGUGGCGGAAGGAGAAACAUUGCUCUAUACCGCACUUCUGGCAGCAACAAGGACAAACCAAUGCUCCAUCAUCAAUUUCCUUCUGGAACGUGGGGCAGAUAUCAACGAAUUGUCAACAAGUGAGACCGCAACGGCACGAAGAACUUUCACUGCUAUGAGCGAAGCUGCGCGACUUGAACUGAUGGAUGCUUUCAAGCUUCUCCUACUGUGGGAUACAUCUUACUCUGCUGGCUUGAAGCAAACAGGGAUGAUCAGUAAUUCUGAUCCCGAAUCAAAGGAAGUAAAGCAACUCUUCGAUGCUGUCAAAUCUGGAAGCUCAUCAAGCCUCAUAAGAAUCAUGGGGAGCAUUAGGGAUCCAAACAUCCUGACUUUCGAGGGCACGCCACUAAGUCUUGCCGCGCAGUGCAACCAGCCCCACAAGAUAAAAAUACUCCUAGAACAUGGAGCCGAUGUCCAGCUAGCAUCUUUGUAUCUUUCUAGGUCGGGUCAGCAGAAAAUCGCCAAAGUACUUGUCAAGACUGUGUACGGGUCUCAGAACGUACGCACCAAGUUUGUCAGACAGUAUGAACGACUCGUAAGCCUCUCCCAAUCUUCCCGCCAAAACAACCUGAAAUCGUUCAAACGCCAUUGUUACAAUUACCGCCAGGCAUGGUCUGUCGGGCUAGAGGUAAUGGAGGAUAUCUGCCGUGGCAAGGCUCCUGAUGGUCCCGACUGUUUGCACAAAACCUUAGCCCUCCUUGCCGUUGCACGAGCCGUCGCUGAAACCAGCGUCGGCGACAAUGGCGACAUACGUCUCCUCGAUAAGUUCGACACCGACCUCCUCCGAUGGCAGCUGCUGUUCCCCAAUGAAGAAGAUCUUGCCCCUUACCGCUUCACUGUCCGAGAACUAUGGAAAGUCGAUCUGUCGGAGAAACUCUUCCUCGAUCUAGAUUUUGACGACUCGGACACUCUUGGGCGCUUCAAUGGUCUCAUCUCAAGACUCUUAGAUGGAGCACGACGACCACUUGAUCUGGAUAAAUCACACAGCAACGGGUUAAACGAAAGUUUCUCACGGUGGAAACUGAAUCGGUCUGGAGCGGAUGGGUUGAACCCACACUCAGCGCCGAUGCAUGUCGCGGAGGGCAACCAGAGACGAGAGGAUGCAGGAUAUCAUCUUCGACUGGAGACGAUGACAAGAAAUAUAGUGCCAGUCACCUGCGACAAGAAGAUGAGCCGAGAGCAGAUCCUCAAAACGACACGGUGGUUAAAUCCGAGUUCGGGGUUGACAUCAUCCAUUUGCUUCUUCGACUUCACGACUGUCGCAGAGGACUUGCUGCGCGGGGUUAUCUUUUCCAUCGUAUUCGUUUUCAUCCACGGUUGGUCCACUGCAUUGUUUAACCCUAACAUCUGGGAAUGUAUUCGCUGA